AUGGCCUCCCUCUCCACAACCUCUCCAGCACAGGCACCCCGUGUCCCCAUCCCAGCAAAUGGCGUCGACUACCGCGGCACAGUUGUGCUCGCCCCAAUGGUUCGCUCCGGCGAAUUGCCUUCGCGCCUGCUGGCCCUCAAAUACGGCGCAGACCUCGUCUGGGGCCCAGAGACAAUCGACAAAGCACUAAUCGGCUGCGUUCGACGUGUCAAUCCUCGCAACGGCACCAUCGAAUUCACUCGUCUCCCCUCCAACGGCGGCCGUACAGACACACCAGCCAAGGAAUCUGUCAUCAGCCGCAUCGACACAGCGCGUGAGAAAGGACGCCUCAUUUUCCAAUUGGGUACUGCAGACCCAGAUCUCGCAGUUCAGGCAGCCCGCAUGGUGGCCGGUGACGUCGCUGGCGUCGACGUCAACUCAGGCUGUCCCAAGCCAUUCAGUACCAGCGGCGGCAUGGGAGCCGCGCUACUGCGCACACCGGAUAAACUCGUUUCUAUUCUUGAGGCACUGGUCCGCGAAGUCGGUGAGCCGUUCAAGAUCGGUAUCUCGGUUAAGAUUCGCAUUCUUAGUGAUCCUGAAAUGACGAAGAGCCUUGUCUCGCGACUCGUGCGCACUGGUAUCACUGGUUUGACUGUUCACUGCCGUACGACGCCCAUGCGGCCUCGUGAGCGUGCGAUCAGAGAUCAGCUUCGUAUGAUUGCGGAUAUCUGCCACGAGGCUGGUGUGGCGUGUGUUAUGAACGGUGAUGUUGAGAAUCGCGAUCAGGCGCUGAAAAUGAUGGAGGAGUAUGGUGUCGAUGGUGCUAUGAUUGCUACAUCUGCUGAGGCGAACUCGUCAUGCUUUCGCUCUGAGGCGGAUGGCGGUCUUGCACCGUGGCGCGAGGUCGUUUACAACUACGUCAAGUUCUCUAUUGAGAGCGAGAACCGCUUUGGAAACACCAAGUACCUGCUCAACAUGCUCAUCCCCGGCAAGAACAAGGAAUUCGCCCAGGCGAAGGCGUCUAAGACUUACACUGAUGUCUGCCGGAACAUGCAAUUCGACGAUCUCAUCCCUAGUGCGAUUUGUCUCGACGAGAUUCUUCAAUUGACAGAGAAGUGGGAGGCAGCUCCUGCUGAGGAGGAAAAGGCCCGGUCUAAGGCCGUUCAGAAUGCCAUUGAGAAUAACGAGUCGGCUCGUGCGGCUGGUGGCCAUGCUGCUCGGUCCAAGUCUACUUCUGCCCCUUCCCACGCCGGUGGUCCUAUUCGUACUCUAGGAAUCCCAGAGUCCUCGGCAAUGGCCAAGGCUGAGCCCGAGAUUUCUGUAGAUUCCUCUAUUCCUGCGACAGAGGUGGCCCAGAAGCAGUUGACAGUGUAA